UACAAUUUUCUAACCUUUUAGUUCUGACAUUUGUUUGUGAAGAUGGCUGCUAGAGGAACAACAAGAAGAAUUCCUGAAAAGGAUUCUACAAUUGCCUGUGUGCAAUGCGAUGGCUUGGCUGUCAUGAAAAUGGUGAAACAUUGCCAUGAAGAAUCUACUAGUAACAUGGAUGUUGCACAAGGAGCAUUGCUGGGUCUUGUAGUUGACGAUUGUCUGGAAAUAACAAAUUGUUUUCCUUUCCCGAAGCAACAGGAUGAAAGCAUGGAUGAGGAUGAAUAUCAGCUGGCAAUGAUGCGUCGCUUAAGACGCGUCAAUGUUGAUCAUUUCCAUGUUGGUUGGUACCAGAGCGCAGAUGUUGGUAAUUUCUUAAGUUUGCCAUUGCUGGAGUCCCAAUAUCACUACCAAACAUCUAUUGAGGAGAGUGUUGUGGUUAUUUAUGAUACCCAAAAGUCUUCAAGAGGAUUUCUGAGUUUGAAAGCGUAUCGCUUGACACCGCAAGCAAUUGAAAUGUACAAGGACGGUGAAUUUACGCCGGAGGCCUUGCUGAAACUGAAAGUCGGUUACGAGAAUUUGUUCGUUGAGGUACCAGUUACCAUAAAGAACUCUGCCUUGACAAACAUUAUGAUGUCUGAGCUGGCCGAAUUAAUUCCCGAAGAAGAAGGUUCUAAAUUUUUAGAUCUUGGUACUGCCUCGGUUCUUGAAGGACAACUGCGUUGUUUGAUGGACAGGGUGGACGAGUUGAACCAGGAGGCCAUCAAAUUCAACAGAUAUCAACAAUUGGUCAGCCGUCAACAGCAAGAUAAGCAUCGUUAUUUGCAAAAGAGGGCUCAGGAGAAUGCUAGCAGGGUUGCAAAAGACGAACCUCCACUACCGGAAGAAGAUAUCACUAAAUUGUUUAGACCGCAUCCUGUGCCACCGAGGUUACAACCAAUGCUUACUGCUGGACAGAUCAAUACUUACAGUCAGCAUAUUUCUCAAUUUUGUUCUCAAUCCUUGGCAAAAUUGUUCAUUACUCAAGCAUUGCAAAAUGCCAAAGAACAAAAUUCCAGCCCUUAAUAAUCACCUGUGUAUUGUAAAUUAUUUUUUGUAUUACAUGAUAAUUCAAAUUAAAUACUAUUGCUAAAUACACAAUGGAAAUGAA